AUGGGCGGUCCUCCUGCCCUGAACGCGUCCUCUUGGCUCCGCCCCCUCGGGAACGCCUCUGGUCCGUUCAGCAGGGUUCAGCUGGUGCUGGUUGUCAUGGUAACCGCCUCCCUGAGCGCGGUGACGGUGCUGGGCAACGCGCUGGUCAUCCUAUCCAUCAGGGCCGACCACCGCCUGCGCACGCCGCACAACCGCUUCCUGCUGAGCCUGGCGGCGGCCGACCUGGCCGUGGGGCUGCUGUCCGUCAACGUGUUCGCGCUGUACCGGCUGAGCGGCGGCUGGCCGCUGGGCGCCGCGCUGUGCGACCUGUGGCUGGUGCUGGACUACGCCCUGAGCACCGCCUCCGUGCUGCACCUGCUGCUCAUCAGCCUGGACCGCUACCUGUGCGUGACGCGGCCCGUCGGCUACCCGGCGCGGCGGACGGGCGGCGCGGCGGCGCUGAUGAUCGGCGCCGUCUGGACGCUGUCGGUGACGCUGUGGGCCCCCGCCAUCCUGUGGCGGCAGAGCUCCGGCGGCCGGCGCCUGGUCCCCGAGGGGGCCUGCUACAUCCGGCUGCUGGAGAGCCCGGCGGCGACGCUCGCCACCGCGCUGCCCUCCUUCUUCCUGCCGGCGCUCGCCAUGAUCGGCCUCUACGGCCGCCUGUCGGCCGCCAGCCGCGGGCCAAGGCCCCGCCCCACCCCCACCCCCACCCCCACCGCCGGCCCCACCGCCAGGGACCUCCUGUUCAGGAGGCGGAGCGUCGUGGGCAGUGACCCCGCCUCUGACCUCUCUCUCAACCAAUCAGAGUCCAGUGCGGCCAAGACCCGCAGGAAGCAGAGCGACAGUCAGAGUCCUGCAGGAGGCGCCCAGGUGAAGAGCAGGUGGAGACAGCAGUGCCCUCCCUGCGCCUCCUGCUGCGUUGCCGACGGGGGUGACGGUAGGGUGGAGGACGAGUCCUCGUCCAGCGCCGACCUGCACCGCUCGGCGUCGGCGGCGUUCUCCUCCUGCCUCAGCUUCCAGUCUGAGGAGCGGCGGCGCCGGCGCGCCGCGGCGAGGGAGAGGAGGGUCACCAGGACCAUCCUGGCCAUCCUCCUGGUCUUCGUCCUCACCUGCGCGCCGUACAACGUCAUGGCCGUGGUGGCCGCCUUCUGCCACGUGUGCGUCCCGGAGCCGCUGUGGACCGCCGGGUACUGGCUGUGCUACGUCAACAGCGCCAUCAACCCCUGCUGCUACGCCCUGUGCAACGCCGCCUUCCGGAGGACCUUCUGCAGCCUGCUGUGCUGCCGCCCAAACAUGCGCUCCUGA